UUUUUUCUUGUUUUAUUGCCUUUAAAAUCCACAAGCCAUGGAUGACUAUGGCGUCUUCGAUUACAAGCGCCCGGCCAGCGCUACGGAUCCCGAUUGGAGGAGCUCCUACUAUCGCGGCCAUCGUCACAUCACGGACCUGAGAAUGGGUAACAAGCUGAACCCCAAAUUCACGGACAAGGGCAUUUAUGUGAGGGAUCCGCUGCUGUCGGAGAAGCCGACCUCUGAAUGCAUGGCCAAUUAUGUGUGGCAGUACGGCAAUCCGAACACCCUGAGGAAUCCCUCGCUGAACAUGAAAACCCAGUACAUGAAGCCAUUCGAGGAGGGCUGUCUUCGCUUUGUGAAGCGGAAGAUGAAGCCCAUCUCGAGUGUGAGUCAUGACUCCUUUGUGCACAAAGCACUGCCCGAGGAGCAGGAGAUUCUGCCGAUUACAAUGCCCACACCCGUGGUGGCCACCAAACUGAUCGUCGACCGUUCGCAGGCGUCAUAUAGCAAGUAUCUGGACCCCUCAUCCACCACCUACAACCUCUCCUACGUGCGCUUGAGUCCCGAGGAUUUAUGUGGCGGAGUAGCGGCCCACGACAACAUAACCUACUGGAAUUGGUCGGAGAAGAUGCCGCCCACGCGGAAGGUGUCCCGCGAGGUGGAUCCCAUCAUGUGCGACGAGGGCUCAACGCAGGUCUGUCCCAAGCGGCGCUGCGAGUUCCAGAAUCUCAGCAAACCAGUGCCCCAUUCGGGAAUGAUCACCGAGGUGCGCGCCAACUUCACGGAUCCGCAGUUUAGAAGGGUGGAGUUCGAUCCGGAUGUCAAACCGAUUCUGGUGCACACGGAGGUUACGCCGUUUGCCAAUAAGAGCGAGUACGCUAUCUACGGAUCGGGAGAACCCGUCAUCAAGUACGUUUAGCAGUUCUCCUUUUAAAUCCUUACCACUUUACAUUUAACUAAAUUUAUGUUAAGACAAAUAAAGAGCAUGUGGUAAUACUAAUA